AUGACCGGUCCUCCGUCCCCGAAGCGCCAGCGCACCGACGACAACAAGCCGUCGGACGCCGAGCAGGAGAAGGUGCAGAAGGUGCUCGAAUCCGUGCACAAGGUGGAGGAGGAGCUCGAGAAGGAGAACGUGCUGCAGGCCAAGGAGGUGCUGGCCAUCGAGACCAAAUACAACGCCAAGAAGCGCCCCGCGUACGUGAAGCGCAACAAGCUCCUGGUGGAGAUCCCUCACUUCUGGAAGCAAGUGUUCGUGAACCACCCUCUCGUGGGCAACUACCUCACGGAGGACGACGAGAUGCUCAUGGACUUUCUGGAGACGUUCGACAUCACCUUCGUGGGCGACGACGGAAGCUUCAAGAUGGAGAUGACCUUCAAGGAGAACCCGUACUUCUCGCCGACGACGCUGUGGAAGCAGGUCAAGUUCUCGGAGGACGAGGAAGAGGUGGAGGUUACUGCUUCGGAGCUCACGUGGAAGGACAAGGCUGAGAUAACGGAGGAGUCUGAGAAGUUCCCGUUCUUCCAGUGGUUCGUCUCGACGGACGGUGACCAGGACGUUGCUGAGAUCAUUAAGGAGGAGAUGUGGAAGAACCCGGUGCAGUUCUACUUGAUGGACGAGGACGACGAAGAGGAGGAGGAGGAAGAAGAGGACGAAGGCGAGGGUGAAGGUGAAGGCGACGAGGAGGAGGCUGAAGGCGAGGACAAGGAAUAAGCUCACCUCUUCUAAAAGCGCUGGCGUUUCGACCGCAGAUUCCGAUAAUGAUUUUCUUGUUUUU